AUGACCUGUCCAACAGCUUACGGAAGUCAGGAACCAAUGAUCCCUGAUCUCUUUACUAGCUGGCCCCCUAUUCGGGAAGCGCUCGCUACCGCAACUUCCAACGUACAAGACAUUACCGUGAAUGAAUGCCUACCUUUCUUGGCGGCGCAAGUUGAUAAUGUGUCAUACAACCAGUAUGGCCUACCACGUCUUGAUCGGGAGCGGCAUAUAAAAUUCCUUCGUAAGAACCUGGCACCCCUUCCUGCUCGUUUCGUGAUGUUAGAUGCAAGCAGACCGUGGAUCCUUUAUUGGUGUCUCAAUGGUCUAUCCCUCCUAGGGGAUGAUGUCUCUAUUUACCGCGAUAGCCUUAUCGAGACGGCCCGUUCCAUGCAAAAUCCUACUGGCGGGUUUGGAGGAGGUUUUGGCCACGCUUCCCACCUAGCUUGCACGUAUGCUGUGGUCUUGGCACUAGCCGUAGUAGGAGGCGAUGCUGCGUAUGAAGUCAUUGACCGAAGAGCUCUUUGGAAAUGGCUUUGUGAUUUGAAGCAGUCUGACGGGGGCUUUAGGAUGGCUGUUGGAGGCGAAGUCGACAUAAGGGGAGCCUAUUGCGCAGCUGUCCUUAUUACCCUGCUUAACCUUCCUCUCGAGUUGCCGCCCGACUCUCCGGCAUGGACGCCCGACGGACCAAACUUAUUCGCAGGCCUAGGAGAUUAUGUACGGCGAUGCCAAACCUUUGAGGGUGGAAUUUCGGCGCAACCAGAUGGUGAAGCCCAUGGAGCUUAUGCCUUUUGUGCUUUAGGUUGCCUCGCGAUCCUUGAUGCUCCGCAUCGUACCUUUCCCAAAUAUCUUGAUGUCCCACGGCUUAUCUCAUGGCUGUCAUCACGGCAGUAUGCACCGGAAGGCGGGUAUAGCGGCCGUACGAACAAGCUCGUCGAUGGCUGCUACAGCCAUUGGGUGGGCUGCUGCUGGCCAUUGGUCGAGGCUAGCCUUGCCGGCCCAUCUAGUCUAAUGUUUGACAUAAACAAAAAUAAAAGCCCCGAUAUUGAUAUCCACAACAUUUAUAGUCGCGAAGGUCUUAUCCGAAUUUCUGAUGCGUAUCAUACUUGCUACGUACUCAGCGGACUUUCUUCAGCUCAACAUAUUACUCAUUUACUUGCCUCGGAGGGUGAAGGGAUGAUGACGCAUUCGGAAUAUGACGUCUCGCCGCUCCGCGGAAGCCCUCAGAUUUAUGCUGAAGAAGAUCGACUCAACACUACUGAUCCUGUGUAUUUCAUACCUGAGGGGAAACGGAAAGAAAUCAUGUCAUAUUUCCUAUCGAAGCCGGGUUUUUGA